AUGACUUCCUCAAGCUUUAUCACGAGGAUCACGAUCUUCUUGCUCUUCCUCUUCGCCCCGGUCCAUGCUCUCCGUGUCACUCCAGGGUCAAGCUGUGCAUCGGUCUGUCUCGACCAGAACGAUGGAGAUGACCCGGACCCAAAGAACUCAACGACACGUCCCUCAGACAUAGUCUGUAAGGACGUCGAGUACUAUUCGACCCAUGCCGGCGUCAAGUUUCGAAAGUGCAUGGACUGCCUGCAAAAAAGUCCCCGUGUGGACGGGGAGGUGAACGAUAUCGCUUGGUUCUUGUCAAAAGAUAAUGUACGAUAUGCCGUCAACGUUUGUCUGUUCGGGUUUCCGAAUGCAACACAGGGGACUUCCUCCCCCUGCAACAUGGACCUUACUUGCCGCCCACUACAGACUCCUCUCAAGGCAGGCAUCUCGGAGCCGAGUAGGAGCACGGAAUUCCAGUAUUGUGGUGCAGACCACGCUCUCUAUGGGGGAAACACUAUCAGUAGCUGCGAGCAAUGCCUCCAGAUGGGUAAUGAGAAGACCUACCUAUCCAACUUCAUCACCGCGCUCCAUGCGGGCUGCCAGCAACAACCUGUCCCCGGUACACUCUUAGGACUGAGUGGCAGUCUAUUCUCGAAUGAUCCCGUCAACAUCACUGCUCCGCCCGUGGCCGAGCCUCCUCUCGGACCAAGUGACAAGGGCACUGGAAUGACCGUCGGUGCUGUCGUCGGAAUCGCCGUCGGAGCUGCACUCGUCUUCCUCGGUGGGGUGGCCCUCUUCAUCGUACACUGGCGGCGGCAACGAAGGAGCUCAAAGUACGAAGAUAUCGAUCACGGUUCCCACUAUCCGCCCAAGAGUAACAGGUCGUCGUCGUCGGCCACGCACCGCGGCGGUGAGCCUUAUCCCAUGUCGGAUUACAAGUCCCAGAUCGGGGUUUACGAGUCGACAAUGGAUCCUCCUGUGUAUAAGGGCAUCACCAGCCACCGAAGCAACCAGCCUAGUCAGCAGCAUGACUUCUCAAAUAAUGGGGAGUACUACGACCAGGUAGACAGAGACUACCAAGCGCGCCAGCGCCCGACUGGAGCGGUAACCGCCGCCAGCGCACCCACGUUCGGACAGACCAGAGACGGGACUUCCCUUCCCACGCAUCCAGCAUAUGUGCCGCGAGCCAUCACAUCCAGUAGCCGCAUAGGCUCGUCACAACCUCCAAUAGCCAGUCCUCCGCCAGCUCACAAGGCCGAAAGAUCCAAGUCCCACGCCGUACAAGCGUACUUAGAUUCGCUCGACCAGGCCGGAUCGACGAAUGUCCCUCCACCUCCAGCACAGGUACCGCCCGUGUCACAGUCUGGGUUCAACUUCGGCGUGCCGCCUCCCCCUCCACCACCUCGCCGGGAGAAAGUCCCCUCCCUUGCAUUGCCGUCGGUACCACGAAUGAAAGUACCAAAGAAAUAUAACCCUCCAAGGAUACAAAUCCAGGAAGCCUCACCAGUCACUGGCCCGAGAGACAAUAUCUCACUACCAAUCCCACGAGUGGACGAAGAUCGCUUCCGACAGGGCAGGGGCAGGAGCUCAAGCAGGGAGAGAGACGGCCCAUCAAACAGCUCGCAAGACCGUAUCGUGCAGCACUUUUUCAGGGUAGAUGAAUCCAAGGGCACCCGGGAGAUGCCAAUCCAAAGUGGGAAGAGUCAGCUAUAUGGUUGA